CUUGAAUUUCGUUGAGAGCAUUGAUAGCAGGAGAGUGCGUAAGAGUCAGUUAUCAGGCCGUUGGGAUGAACUUGAAAGCCGAGUUUCUGAACGCGGGCAAUGAAUGAUACCGUUACCUAUGCUGGAUGCCUAUACAUCAGAUACUAGUAUGGCCAAAUCGAAUUACCUUGGAGAUAUUCACAUUUCACGUCCCUGUCAGAAGCGUAAAUUGUAUCAUUAGAGUAGAAAAAAAAGAAACACAGUCAUGUAUGUAUCUCAUCGGACUAGCCGCAUCUUGUCGGAUACUUCCACCCGACAAUUCGGUGCAACGCAAUCUAUAAACUUCCAAAAGAGGCAUUUCGUAUACAGCCAGCACCCACUAUUAGAAGAAUGUGUCGCCCAGAACGGCAAACGCUCGGCCAAGCUAGUGUUCACACAACGACAUCUUUCGGGCUUUUGCGAAGAGAAGAGUGAUGUUGACAAAUCCGAGGCCUUGCUUUCACGAGCCUGCACCGCAGCACCCGCAGCACCCGCAGAUUCGGUAAUACUACAUACGUCGACAGCUUCCUGGUCCCUUGAUGGAUGUAGAGAUAAGAUCAAGCAACCUGCAGCCCGUUUCGAAAUGGGGUGAUAGGCGGAAGUUGAUCGCAUCAGCGGAAGUUUUUUUCUUACAAGAGCCGGGGAAAAGAGAAGCUUGUUAGCUCAGCCUUGU